AUGUAUCCUAUGAAAUUCACCACACUGAGUUGCUGCUUGUUGGUUCCUCUCUUGAGUACUUUGUCAGUCAAUGCUUACCCUGCAGAUUUCAAUGAGUUCCGAGCUAACAAAAUUCGAUCCGCUUUCAAGCAUGCGUGGCAUGGAUACUCUACAUUUGCCUACGGACACGACGAGCUGUUGCCAGUGAGUGGUUCAUUUUCUGAUUCAAGAAAUGGCUGGGGAGCGAGUAUAUUUGAUGCAUUGGAUACCAUGAUCAUCAUGGGGUUGGAUCAAGAAUACCAAGAAUCUCUUCGAUUUGUAGCCAAUGUCAAUUGGGCAUCCACACAAACGCCUUCCAAGACAUUUGAAACUUGCAUCCGAUAUUUGGGAGGUCUACUAUCCGCUUACGACCUUCGCCCUGAUCCAAUGUUGCUUACAAAAGCGCUUGAUUUGGUAGAACAGGUUUUGUUGCCUGCUUUUACGACUGAAAAUCAGGUCCCUGCUGCUUUUGUGGAUGUACCAAAAAAACGGCCGAUACCUUCCAAGACGGUUAUUCUGGCAGAGUUUGCUUUACAGCUCGAGUUUGCUCGCUUGAGUCAAGUGACAAAUGAUCCUCAAUGGGAAAAAUUGGGCAACCACAUCAUUGAAAAGAUCGCACAAGCCGAGACACCUCUUGCUGGAUUGUACUCUAUUUCAUGGGACGCCGCUACAUUUCAGCCUAGCAACACAUCUUACAUCACAGUGUCUGGUGGUGGUGAUAGUUUUUACGAGUAUUUGCUCAAGACGCACAUCUUGAUGGACGGCAAUGAGGAGCUACAACUUCAAAUGUGGAAGCAAGCUGUAGACAGCAUGCACCACUACCUUCGAUCUGUCUCUGCCGAGGGUUCUGUAUUUCUAGCUGAAGCAUUAGGUGGCAAAAAGUACCUCAAAUCAGGCGAAUUGGUUUGCUUUAUGCCUGGCAAUCUGCUGCUUGGUGCUCGUUAUUUGCAGGAACCUGCCUAUGAAACAUUUGCUCAAGAACUGAUGGAUUCGUGCUUCAAGACCUGGCAUAACUCGCCUACUGGACUAUCACCUGAGAGUUGGGGUUGGAUGGACCAAGCAUCUAUGGUGGACAGCAAUAUCAAUGCGACGUACACCACGGAACAGAAGCGUCUUUAUAAAGAUCUGGCGUUUAUCCCCACACAAAAAUCUUACUUGCUACGACCAGGUACUUGGCGUAUUGAAGGGCACACUAGCCAUAUUUACUGA